AUGUUUAAUCAUGAAAAAUCUAAAGCUAUUAAGCUAUUAAAUACUAUGCAUUAUCUUAAAGAAAAAAAUAAAGAUACUAUAAUUUUUGUACAUUUACAAAAUAAAGCUAUAGAUUUUAUUAAAGAAAGUUUAUAUCAGCCUAAUUUAUCUAUUCAAGCUCUUAAAGAUGAAACAAAACAAUUGAAAUAUAAAAAUGCUUCAAAUUUCGUGAUUUCAAAUACAGUUCAACAAAUAAAACAAGCUAAUUCAUUUAGAAUAUUAGUAGAUGAAUCUACUUAUGGUGAUAUUAAAAAAAAAAAUUUACCAAGUAUUACAAUGAUUGAUCUUAAAGAUAUUAACAAAUACAAUGCAGAGACAGUUUCAAAAAUUGUUAUUGAAGUAUGUAAUUCUUAUAAUAUUAAUAUUUCUAAGUAUGCAGUAUGGCUUACUAAUAAUACAGCGUAUCUUUUAGGAAAUUUAAAUGAAGCA